CCUCCUCCUCCUCCUCGGCUGUCUGCCCCCCCCCUCCUGUGUCACAGCAGACGAUGCGUUGACUGAGCGGAGGAAAAGAAGAAAACCUCUCCCAGCCAGCCAGCCAGCCAGCCGUCCUGCCUGCUGCAUGGAGGAGAAGCUGAGGAGGAAGAGGAGCAGAGAGGAGCUGUCUCUGUGCUGAGCCAACCGUUGUCCUGAUGAUCGGCAGCUGAACGCUCCACGCCUCCCACCUGAACGCCUCUGACCUGAACACCACCGCUGCCCGCGCUCCGUCGGCCCCGACCUCUGACCUCUGCGUUCCUCCACACCAACAUGGAUCUGAAAUAUUUCGGAGGUGAAAUCUUCAGGAUCCCCAACACCUAAACGCUCCGAGCCGACGCCCUCCUCCCCUGCCAGUCUCUCUCAGGACCGUCACUUCCUGUCCUGCCCCCUCAUUAUGUCGGACGGGCUGCUCCAGGUAGAGAUCCCCGACUUCGGCAGCAGUGUGCUGGGCAGCCUGAACGACCAGCGGCUGCUGGGCCACUACUGCGACGUGUCCAUCCUGGUGCAGGGCCAGGCCUUCAAGGCGCACCGCGCCGUGCUCGCCGCCUCCUCGCUCUACUUCAGAGACCUGUUCAGCUCGGCGGCCGACUCCUCAUCCUCCUCUCAGGCCGUGUUCGAGCUGCCGUCCUCGGUGACACCGGCAUGUUUCCAGCAGAUUCUGGCCUUCUGCUACACAGGGCGCCUCAGCAUGGCAGCCAGCGAGCAGCUGGUGCUGAUGUACACGGCCGGCUACCUGCAGAUCCAGAACAUCGUGGAGAGAGGCAUGGAGCUGAUGAUGAUGAAGGCCUCGUCCUCCUCCUCACCACUCUGCUGUGACUCACAGACGACCGCGGCGGAUGAGCUUGGCGGCUUUGAUGCCGUGGCGGUCCCGCAGCACAGCAACGCCCAGCUGCAGGAGGCGAGCCCGGGCCAGCCAGCGCUCAGCCCCGAGGAGCUGCUGCUCGCUGUCAGCCGCAUCAAACAGGAGAGAGCCGACACGCCUCCAGCCGAGGAGAACGGAGGAGGAGCAGAGCGAGGAGCAGAGGAAGCCAGAGGGGAUGUGUCUGAGAACCUGCAGUCCUCCAGGAGCAGUGCUCUGUGUUACCUGGGCGCAGGUGGAGGUCUGGUUCCAGGGCUGCAGUCCUACCUGCUGGCAAACGGGGGGCGCUCCAGUCCAGGGGGCUCCAGCCUCCCCACGGACUCGCCUCCAUCUCACCCCGCCACCGAGGAGGAGCUGGAGGAGGACUACUACGGGAACACAGUCCCCUCUGGACUCUACCAACACAUCUAUGGACACCCUGGAAACCCCUACAUCCAGGAGAAGAUGGAGAUGCUGUCGCUGCCGCUGGCUAACGAGCGGCGGCCCUGUGUGCUGGUUGGCCGGGACAACAUGGCGCUCCCCGCCAGCCUGAUCAGUCAGAUCGGGUACCGCUGCCACCCGUCGCUGUACACCGAGGGCGACCCGGGGGAGAAGGUGGAGCUGGUGGCAGGUUCAGGUGUCUUCAUGACUCGAGGUCAGCUGAUGAACUGUCACCUGUGUGCCGGGGUCAAACACAAGGUGCUGCUCCGACGACUGCUGGCGACCUUCUUUGACAGAAACACGCUGGCCAAUAGCUGCGGGACAGGGAUCCGCUCCUCCACCAAUGAUCCGAGCAGGAAGCCUCUGGACAACCGAGUGUUAAACACCGUCAAACUCUACUGUCAGAACUUUGCUCCUAACUUUAAGGAGAGUGAGAUGAACGUGAUCGCGGCCGACAUGUGCACCAACGCCCGAAGAGUCCGUAAGCGUUGGCUCCCCAAGAUCCAGUCGCUCCUCCCCGACAGCAUCCCCGCCUCCUCCCACCCCCGCAAGGCGAAGAGGGGAGGAGGAGCAGGAGGAGGAGGAGCAGGAGGAGGUAGUGGAGGUCAGGGAGGAGACGUGGCAGCGGUGCAACCCAGCGGCAGCCCCUUUGAGCUGGACCUGCGGCAGCUCAGCGCCUCCUACCUCGGCCUGGAGGCGCCAGUGUACGCAGAGCGCCGCGAGAGGGAGGCGGCGGGGGAGCGAGAGAGGGAGAAGGAGGCACCAGCGGCCCUCCUGCCUCACCUGCAGUUCGCCGGGUCACGUGGGGGAGGUGGGGCGGCGGGCGGGGUGGCCGGCGGGGGUCUGGCGGAGGAGGCGCUGAUGGGCGGCGAGGCGGAUGGCGGCGGGAGGCUACAGACUGAACAACCCCCUGACCUCCCCCUCUCCCUGUCCUCCUCCGUCUCCUCUUCCUCUUCCUCCUCCUCCUCCUCACACCCCUCCCCUCAGCCUGCAGAACCCGCCCCUCCUCACAGGGGGUUGGUUGACACAGAAGAGAGGGGGGCGGAGCCUCUGGAAGACAGCCAAUAAGCUUUCUAUCGCAUCUGCCUACCUGUAUGUAAAUAACACAAUAGCUACCUGUCCCCCACCUGUCUGUCUGACAGGCCUCCUGUCGACCUGUCUGACAGGCCUCCUGUCUACCUGUCUGUCUCUACCUGUCUGUCUGACAGGCCUCCUGUCUACCUUUCUGUCUCUACCUGUCUGUCUGACAGGCCUCCUGUCUACGUGUCUGUCGCUACCUGUCUGUCUCUACCUGGCCCCCACCUGUCUGUCUGACAGGCCUCCUGACUACCUGUCUGUCUCUACUUGUCCCCUACCUCACUACCUGUCCACCUGUCUACCUCUCUGCCCCCAGUUUGUCUACCUUUCUGUCUGACCUACCUCUGUCUGUCUGUCUGUCUGUCUGUCUGUCUGUCUGUCUGACUGUCUGUCUGUCUGUCUGCUCGGCUCAGCUGCAUGUUAACAGCCUCCUGCAGUCCAGCACACAGGCCCAUAGCAACAGGACUGAUGAUGAUGAUGAUAAGGAUAAUAAUCACUCUGAUAAUGACAAUAAAGCUUCUUGAUAAUCAGA